CUCUUUGCAUUUAGAGGUAAUUGAACUGGAAGGAAGGAGACUGGCCAGGGAAUAGGGGGAAAGCAAUUCUUCGGUUGCUCCUCCUCCUGUUUAUCACUUACCUCCUGACUCUCUUCCAAACCAAGCUCAGCUGCAUCAAGGUGGCGGCAGAAUAUCCUGCCGAAGUGCCAGCGUCUGCUUAGCUGCCCUGUGCAUCCCAGGCUGCCUUGUUAUCUGGCCAUUGUCCCUGGCCAUUGGGACUGCUUCUGAUGGCUGUGGCCUCCGCUGCCCCAGGGAGCAUCUUCUGUAAGCAGCUCCUUUUCUCUCUCCUGGUUUUAAUAUUACUUUGUGAUGCUUGUCAGAAAAUUUCUCUUCGAGUUCCUUCUCAUCUUCAGGCUGAAACACUUGUAGGCAAAGUGAAUCUGGAGGAGUGUCUCAGGUCGGCCAGCCUAAUCCUGUCCAGUGACCCUACCUUCAGAAUUCUAGAAGAUGGCUCCAUUUAUACAACACAUGACCUCAUUUUGUCUUCUGAAAGGAAAAGUUUUUCCAUUUUCCUUUCAGACCAUCAGAGACAGGAACAAAAAACAAUAGAAGUCAUACUGUCAGCAAGAGAAAACAAGGUUCCUAAGAAGAGACAUGCCAAAGACACAGCCCUCAAGCGCAGCAAGAGACGAUGGGGUCCUAUUCCAUGUUCAUUGAUGGAGAACUCAUUGGGGCCAUUUCCACAACACAUUCAGCAGAUCCAAUCUGACACUGCGCAGAAUUACACCAUCUUUUAUUCCAUAAGUGGACCAGGCGUGGACAAAGAACCGUACAACUUGUUUUACAUAGAGAGAGACACUGGGGAUAUCUUUUGUACGAGAAGCAUUGACCGUGAGCAAUAUCAACAGUUUGCGCUAUAUGGCUAUGCAACGACCGCAGAUGGCUAUGCACCAGAAUAUCCACUGCCCUUGAUCAUCAAAAUUGAAGAUGAUAAUGAUAAUGCCCCAUAUUUUGAAAACAAAUUGACUGUCUUUACUAUACCUGAAAAUUGCCGAACCGGAACUUCAGUGGGACAAGUGACCGCCAUAGACCUUGACGAACCUGACACUCUCCAUACUCGUCUGAAAUAUAAAAUCUUACAACAAAUCCCAGAUCAUCCAAAGCAUUUCUCCAUACAUCCAGACACCGGUGUCAUCACCACAACUACACCUUUACUGGAUAGAGAAAAAUGUGAUACUUACCAAUUAAUAAUGGAAGUGCGAGACAUGGGUGGUCAACCUUUCGGUUUAUUUAAUACAGGAACAAUUACUAUUUCACUUGAGGAUGAGAAUGACAAUCCACCAUCUUUCACAGAAACUUCUUAUGUUACAGAAGUAGAAGAAAACAGAAUUGACGUCGAGAUUUUACGAAUGAAGGUACAGGAUCAGGAUUUGGCAAACACUCCUCACUCAAGAGCUGUUUACACAAUCCUACAAGGAAAUGAAAAUGGAAACUUCAAAAUUAGCACAGAUCCAAAUACAAAUGAAGGAGUAUUGUGUGUUGUCAAGCCAUUGAACUAUGAAGUCAAUCGGCAAGUCAUUUUGCAAGUUGGUGUAGUUAACGAAGCACAAUUCUCUAAAGCAUCAAACUCACAAACUCCUACAAUGUGCACUACAACUGUCACUGUCAAAAUUAAAGACAGAGAUGAGGGCCCGGAAUGCCACCCUCCAGUGAAAGUUAUCCAGAGUGAGGAUGGCUUCCCAGCUGGCCAAGAACUCCUUGGAUACAAAGCAUUAGACCCAGAAACACGAAGUGGUGAAGGCUUAAGGUACAGGAAGUUAGGGGAUGAAGAUAACUGGUUUGAAAUUAAUGAACACACUGGUGACUUGAGAACUGUAAAAGUACUAGACAGAGAAUCCAAAUUUGUAAAAAACGACCAAUACAAUAUUUCAGUUGUGGCAGUGGAUGCAGUUGGCCGAUCUUGCACUGGAACAUUAGUAGUUUAUUUGACUGAUAAAAAUGAUCAUCCACCACAAAUUAAUAAAGAAGUGACCAUUUGUCAGAAUAAUGAGGAUUUCGCUGUUCUGGCACCUGUAGAUCCAGAUUGGCCUGAAAAUGGACCACCUUUUCAAUUCCGUCUGGUUAAUUCUGCAAGCAAAAACUGGGUUAUAGAAGAAAAGGAUGGUAAAACUGCCAUUCUUCGUCAACGGCAAAAUCUAGAUUAUAACAGUUAUGUUGUGCCUAUCGAGAUAAAAGACAGACAUGGUUUACUUGCAACACAUAUGUUAUCAGUGAGAGUAUGUGACUGUUCAGUUUCAUCUGAGUGUAACCUGCCUGCUAAAAAUCUAAGAGACGUUAGACCAAAUGUAAUACUUGGAAGAUGGGCUAUUCUUGCUAUGGUGUUGGGUUCUGUAUUGUUAUUAUGUAUUCUGUUUACAUGUUUCUGUGUCACUGCUAAGAGAACAGUUAAGAAAUGUUUUCCAGAAGACAUAGCCCAGCAAAAUUUAAUCGUAUCAAAUACUGAAGGACCUGGAGAAGAAGUAACGGAAGCAAAUAUUAGACUCCCCAUGCAGACCGCCAACAUUUGUGACACAAGCAUGUCUGUCGGUACUGUUGGUGGCCAGGGAAUCAAAACACAGCAAAGUUUUGAGAUGGUCAAAGGAGGUUACACUUUGGAUUCCAACAAAGGAGGUGGACAUCAGACUUUGGAGUCCGUCAAGGGAGUGGGGCAGGGAGAUGCGGGCAGAUACACGUACACGGACUGGCAGAGUUUCACCCAACCUCGACUUGGUGAAGAAUCCAUUAGAGGACACACUCUGAUUAAAAAUUAAACAGUAAAAGAAGGUGUAUUUGUGUGGACAAGACGAGGAGCAUAAACAUUGUGAAGACUACGUUCGUUCGUAUAACUAUGAAGGCAAAGGUUCUCUGGCCGGCUCAGUAGGCUGCUGCAGCGAUCGUCAGGAAGAAGAGGGACUGGAGUUUCUAGAUCACCUGGAACCCAAAUUUAGGACAUUAGCAAAGACAUGUGUCAAGAAAUAAAUGUGCCUUUUAGUAGCAUAACAUCCACAGCUGAAUAAGUAGGAGUUUAUUGCAUGCAGAAUGAUAGCAGCAUCUGCUAAUGUUUUUUGUUUAUGGAGGUAAACUUCAUCGUGUAUAGGUAAGGGUACUAUAAAUAUGAGACUUCCCUAAAUUCUCCUUGUCUGGUAUAACGUCUAUGUUCUCUAGAAAUCAAGCUUGUGUUUGCUAAUUUUCUUUUAUAUGCAUGUGCAUAUUGCCCCUUUCAGGACUGUACUGUACACUUUCUUGCACCUUGUAUUUGAAAACUGAUGUUACUUUUUGUGCUAUGGAAGAGCAUUUGGGAGAGCUGGGUGCUACAGAGGCCAGUGAAAGAUGAAUUUGCAUUGUAGAUGUACGAAUUAAAUAUUUUCUUCAGAAUCUUGGGAA